UUUGGACAUAGAACUCGGCGUGGGUGGUAGAGUAGAGUCGAGUAACUUUAUUGAUUCCAGAGGUGAAAUUUAGGAUUGGUGGAUUGAGUUGCAAGGUGACGGCCGUAGUAUUUGUGUUAGAGGUAUGGGUAUUGGAUUGAGGUGAGGAUCAUCAGCCUUUGUAUGCCUCCACCAUUUCACUCUGAUAGCGGAAGCACACCAGUGUGUUGUGGUGAUCAGAGGAAUGGCGGAAUCUGUCAAAUCAGUGGGUCGAUGCAUCUGCUGCCCGGUUACGUAUGAGGUUAACCCCGACUCUGCUGUUACAGAGGAGGAAACCGAGAUCACUGAUGGAGAGGGGAAGAGAAUGGAGGAAUCGGUCCAAUCACUGGCUAAGCUUGAGAUCACUGAUGAAGCGGGGAGGAGAAUGGAGGAAUCUGUCCAAUCACUGGAGAAAGAAAAGGAGAUCACUGAUGAGGAGGGGAAGAGAAUGGAGGAAUCCGUCCAAUCACUGAGUGAGUGGAGGAUUGUUCUUCUCGGAAAAUCAGGAGAUGGCAAAAGCAGCACUGGCAACACCAUCCUGGGGGAAGAUGUCUUUGAAGUGAAGAGUUCACCGUGUGCAGUGACGAACAAGUGUGAAGAUCGCAGUAAAACCGUCAACGGGAGGAAGAUCACCCUGAUUGACACUCCGGGUUUCCUCGACCCAAUAACCAAAAGGGACAUAGAACCGGAGAUAGCAAAAUGUCUCAUGCUAAGCUCCCCAGGGCCCCACGCCUUCAUCCUUGUGCUAAAAGCGGCAAGGUUCACGCAAGGACAAAUGGACGUUCUCAACAAGAUUCUGGAAUUAUUCACAAGCGAAGUUUUUAACCAUGCACUGAUAGUCUUUACGUUUGGUGAAGAGCUGAGAGUGAGGGGUCAGACCAUUCAGCAGUUCCUUGAGGAGGGCAGUAAUCAGGACUCUGAGAAGAAAGAUGCCACACUGCCAAGUCUCGUAAAGAAAUGCGGUGACCGCUACCUUGUCAUAGACAAUCGUGACUGGAAGGAGAGACAGGAGGGUGAAUAUAGCAACAGGAGGCAGAUAGAGAAGUUGUUUGACACCAUUGGAGAAAUGGUGCAGAGGAAUGGUGGAGGGUAUUACACUGAAGAGCAGGGUGAUGGGGCAACAGGAGUACUACAGGGACUGAAGGGAGCGCUCACUAAACUUUUUGAUGUGGGAAGGUCGCAUUCCGAAGCACAAAAGUAAGCGACAAACAAUUAAUGAAUUUAUACUUGAUAAGAAUGGUCACCUCAUAUACUGCCUUUUAAACUGGACAUAAUACAGAUGUUUUGUUCUCAGCUGAAUUGUAAAUAGUCUUCAGAAAAUUGGACACAAUAUGAAUGGUUCUCUAUUCUGAUGUCGUUAUAUAACUGGAUGUCACAAUGUGACUUCUAAAAUGUAGUCACUCUCUACAGUUAGUGUGAGUUUGCAUGUUGCCUGUCUGAAAAAGUACACUGUCAAAAAAAUGCACUAAAGAUCAGGUUGAAGGCCUGAAGGGACAACAGGCAUACUCCCAGGACUGAGGGAGAUGGCCAGUAAAUGGUAUGAUGACAAUCUA